AACACCGCCAAACCCUAAACACCAAAGCCCCGCAUAUAAAUACCUUCCCCUCCCAUCUUUUCCCCUCUCCUGCCGCCGCCGCCGCUCCCGCUCCCAGCUCGUGUUCCGCUUCUUGCAGCCGUCGCCGCGAAGCGCUCCAGAGAACUUCCGUCAACAUGGGGAAGACACGUGGUAUGGGAGCCGGGCGCAAGCUCAAGACCCACCGCAGGAACCAGCGGUGGGCUGACAAGGCAUACAAGAAGAGCCAUUUGGGCAAUGAGUGGAAGAAACCCUUCGCUGGGUCAUCCCAUGCCAAGGGCAUUGUCCUGGAGAAGAUUGGUAUUGAGGCCAAGCAGCCCAACUCCGCUAUCCGUAAGUGUGCUCGUGUUCAGCUUGUUAAGAAUGGCAAGAAGAUUGCUGCCUUCGUGCCAAAUGACGGUUGUUUGAACUACAUUGAGGAAAAUGAUGAGGUCUUGAUUGCUGGAUUUGGUCGUAAGGGGCACGCUGUGGGAGAUAUUCCUGGUGUCCGGUUCAAGGUCGUCAAGGUUUCCGGUGUGUCUCUGCUUGCCCUUUUCAAGGAGAAGAAAGAGAAGCCAAGGUCUUAGAUUGCUCUUGCUACCAAAAUCAGCAAGCGUGGAGUUGAAACGGGAGGGCGUUAGAUGAUUAAGAAGAAUGGUUGCUUGCUAUGUUUGCAGUGCAUUCGUGCAAUUGUUAACCUAAGAUUUUGUUGGUGAAAACGAUUUCUUUUCAGACUUGCUUCUGUUGAGUGCUAUCAUUCCAUAUCAAUGUACUUCCUCUUCUA